CUCAGUGACGUCAUAUGUCUGCGCCGCUGGGAGCGGAUGUAGGUUCAUUCCUUUGGUUUAUGACCGUGAUCCUUGGAAACAGCAAGGUCACCAAUCUCUACCAGCACCAGAGUGUUUGGAGAAGGCAAGCACAUCCACUGACUCCUGGACAAUAAACUAGAAGAAGGUGGAGGUGAUUGAGAGCUUCUUGGAUCAAGUCUCAGAGAUGGACUUCCAGCUAAACCGAGAGGAGCAAUGCGAGUUUGAGGAAGUAGCUGUUUACUUCUCUGAAGAGGAGUGGGUCUGUUUGAGUAAAGUAGAGAAGGAGCUCUACAUGAAUGUGAUGAUGGAGAAUUACCUGACCCUCAGGUCUCUGGGAAGGAUUCAUUUGAAACCAUUGAUUAUAUCAGCGAUUGAGCGAGGGGAAGAGCUGUAUGUGAGGAGUCUCCUGCAGGAUAAUUUUUUGAAUACUGGUUUUGGUCGUUCCAUCAGCAGACGUUAUCCUAAAGGACAUGACAUGAAGAGAAAUACACUAAGCAAGACUACGAAUGAAUCUUCUAAUAAUAAAAAGAGCAAGGACUCCAACUCUCAAAAAUCAAGCAAUCUCUCUGAAUCCUAUAUGUCAACAAAUGUGAUAGAUAAUAGAAAAACAGAACAUUUCCCUUGUUCUGAAUGGUGUAAAUGUUUUAGCUGUAGUUUAAAAUCUGUUGUUCACCAGAGAACUCGAACAGCAGAGAAACCGUUUUCAUGUUCGGAUUGUGGAAAAUGUUUUCUCAGUAAAUCAGACCUUGUGAAACAUCAGAGAACUCACACAGGAGAGAAACCGUUCUCGUGUUCUGAAUGUGGGAAGUGUUUUAGCCAGCACUCAAUUCUUGUGACACAUAAGAGAACUCACACAGGACAGAAACCGUUUUCAUGUUCUGAAUGUGGGAAAUGUUUUAGCCAGCGUGCAAAUCUUUCUGCACAUCAGAGAACACACACGCAAGAGAGACCAUUUUCGUGUUCUGAAUGUGGAAAAUGUUAUCGCCAACAAUCCCAUCUUGCUACACAUGUAAAAACUCACACAGGAGAGAGACCUUUCUCAUGUUUUGAAUGUGGGAAAUGUUUUGCCCGUAAAUCACAUCUUAUUGCGCAUGGGAGAACUCACACAAUAGAAAGACCUUUCUCAUGUUUUGAAUGUGGAAAAUGUUUUGUUCAUAAAUUACAUCUUGUUGCACAUGGCCGAACUCACACAGUAGAGAAACCUUUCUUAUGUUCUGAAUGUGGAAAAUGUUUUGUCAUAAAAUCAGAUUUUGUUAGACAUCAGAGAACUCAUACAGGAGAAAAACCUUUUUCAUGUUCCGAAUGUGGGAAAUGUUUUAUUAGCAAAUCAGACCUUGUUCGACAUCAGAGAACUCAUACAGGAGAAAAACCUUUUUCAUGUUCUGAAUGUGGGAAAGGUUUUGUCAGUAAAUCAGAUCUUGUUACACACAGGAGAACUCACACAGGUGAGAAGCCAUUCUCAUGUUCUGAAUGUGGAAAAUGUUUUAGCCAGCACACAGGUCUUGUUACACAUGGGAGAACUCACACAGGAGAAAAACCUUUCUUAUGCUCUGAGUGUGGAAAAUGUUUUGUCCGUAAAUCAGAGCUAGUGAGACAUCAGAGAACUCACACAGGAGAGAAACCGUACUCAUGUUCUGAAUGUGGAAAAUGUUAUAGCCAACAAUCACAUCUUGUCAGCCAUCAGAGAGCUCACACAGGUGAGAAGCCGUUCUCAUGUUUUGAAUGUGGGAAAUGUUUUAGCCGGCAUGCACUUCUUGUUAGACAUCAGAAAAUUCACACAAAAGAGAAAUGUUGUGAUGUUUUGAAUGUGGGAAAUGUUAUAGUCAACUCUAUUAGGGUUAUUCACUAAAGAAUUCAAAGAGAACUGAGAGCAUAGCAGAUUUAGACAAUCUUUACAGUUUGACUAUCUUGGUCUUAAAUCUGAAAGAUGAAGUAUCUUGCAAUGCCUUUCAUGUGUUGACACUGUAUAUGAUAAAUAAUUUUCAUCAGGUGCCA